AUGGCAACACUGCUUGAUAACAGCAAUGGGUGGCACUCUGGAGAGCUAGCCGUUCAUAAGCUUCUCAAGGUGCCGACCUCCAGUCGUCAGAAUCCCACAAACCACGGCUUCCCGCCAGCCUACGGCUACCGAGUCACCGUCUCCCCGCUUGUAGCUGUCGGAACAUUGGAUGAUGAAGGCCGACCGUGGACAACCAUCUGGGGCGGUGAGCGCGGGUUUGCGCGGCCAGUGGCAGAAGGAAUUCUAGGCGUGCAGGGUUUAGUCGACAAGACACAUGACCCCGUGAUACAGGCUCUCUUGGGAGAGGCAGUCGAUGGCGAGGUGUAUCAGCCUGAGAACAUCAAGCUGAUGAGCGCUCUCAGUGUCGACCUGGAGACGCGAGACCGGGUUAAAAUGGCAGGCAAAAUGGUUGUCGGGUCUGUUGCAAGCAAGUCCGACAGCAACACCGUCGCCGAAGCCCAGCUCGCCAUGCACGUCCAAGAAAGCCUGGGAAACUGCCCCAAGUAUCUCAACAUCAAAGAUAUCCGCGCCCACAUCCCUUCGCCACUGCUCAUCUCAUCUUCCCUCCCCCUCCCAACCGGCGCCCUCGCGCUGAUCGAGCAAGCGGACAUGUUCUUUAUAUCCUCCAGCAACGGCCAAACCAUGGACACCAACCACCGCGGCGGACCAGCCGGCUUCGUGCGCGUAGUCAGCAACACCCCCGACAGCGUCACCCUGGUCUACCCAGAAUACUCCGGUAACCGCCUUUACCAAACCCUCGGCAACCUCCACAACAACCCGCUUGCCGGCAUUGCAAUCCCCGACUACACCACCUCCGACAUCCUGUACCUGACCGGCUCAACCCAACUCCUCGUCGGCCCCGACGCGGCCGCUCUCCUGCCGCACACCAACCUAGCCGUCAAAAUCACCGUCCACGCGGCCCGGUUCGUCCACGACGGGCUCCCGAUCCGCGGCACGCCGGGGGAACUAUCCCCAUAUAACCCCCCCGUCCGACGACUCGCCACCGAGCUUCCCCCGUCUUCAGCAGCUGCCACAGAUGAGACGACUUCCUCCCCAACCGCAACACUCACCCUCACAAACCGCGAGAUCCUCACUCCAACCAUCGCCCGCUUAACAUUCCUCCUCAAGAACCGGGAGCCACAACCUCGAUCAUGGCAUCCCGGCCAACAUAUCACGCUCACUUUCGCGUCUGAGCUGGACCAGGGGUACAGCCAUAUGCGCGAGGAUGACCCGCAGAGCUUGAACGAUGACUACGUGCGGACGUUCACCAUCUCGAACCCCCCGCCGCCGCCAAGCGUGGAAGAGAACGACACCGGUAAGGGGAAGGAAGACGAAGUCAAAGUUCAACUCACCGUCCGCCUCCACGGCCCAGCGACCAAGCUACUAUUCUCCCAGCGCUUUGGCGCGACCUUUGCUCCGUUAGAGAUUGGGGUGUUAGGAAUAGGCGGGGCGGAGGCAUUUCGGAUUCCGGUGCCGACUUCUUCCUCUGCUGGUUCUGCACCAGUGGGUGCCACCAGUGCGGAGGACAGCGACAGUCGUACCAAGGCGGUGUUUGUUGCCGGUGGGAUUGGGAUCACGCCGCUUUUGGCUCAGGCCCCUGGAUUAUUGAGCUCUGCAGCGGGGUCUGAAGAAGAAGAUAAAGGGCUUGAAGUGCUCUGGAGCUUGCGAGGUGAGGACCUGCCACUGGCUGUGGAUUCGUUUGAGAGGAUCGAAGGGUUGGGUGGCGUGACAAGGGUGUUUGUUACGGGGGACAAGAACAAUGUUGAUGAGGAUGUGGUGGAGAAGCUGAAGGAACUGGGUGCGAAGGUGGAGAGGAGGAGGUUGACGAGGGAGGAUGUGUUGGAGGCUAGGGAUAUUGUGAGGGGGACGAAGUAUUUUGCUUGUGCGAGCCCUGCGUUGCUGAGAUCGGUGGUGGAUUGGCUUGGGGAGGAACAGGUUGUUUUUGAGAGUUUUGAAUAUUGA